GCUGACAUCUCCAAUGGCAAAAAGCUCAUUGCGUAUCAUCAUAUUGGAGAUUUCUGGGAAGGCAGACUGCCUAGUGAAUGCAUCACAUCAUCAUUGCACAUCUGCCUGAUAGAGGCUCUUAGCAGGUGUUGGAGAGUUGAUAAGCUUCAAGAUGUCACUGAAGAAAAUGCAGGAAAGUUUUGGGCAAUUUUGAAGAAUGUGGAACCUAAAGACAACAUCCUUUAA